UGAGUGUCAUGUUUGGAGUGGGUUUGGAGCCGCUGGCCAGACCGUGGCUCUGCUCACUGACUCAUGAUGAUGCAGUCACCUGCGUGCUGACAGUGGGCAUUAACAUACUGCUCCAUCGAUAGCGUGUACCUUAACAACUGAUCAUCGGCAUUACUUUUUAAUACUGGUCGUGAUUUUUUUUUUUUCAUCCACUGCGCCUUUCGCAAUGUUACAAAUUGGAGAUGAACUGGUGUAUUUUUCGGCGGUGUUCCUGUUGGUGAUGCUCGGAACGAGGAGCGCCACGGGUGCUUCCAUCCUCACCGCAUCCCUCUACGUCUUCAUGGUGAUGUUCCGCUUCCCUCCGGUGCCUGCGGACCAGGCCGGCCGGGUCCUGCGGCCGAAGGCCGCUGCAGGUGGCGUCCCGGUGGUGGCGCACCGCGCAGGGAGCCACGACGCUCCGGAGAACACACUGGCAGCGAUCAGAGAGGCCAGUAGGAAUGGGGCUACUGGAGUGGAAUUGGACCUGAGUUUCACAGCAGAUGGGGUGCCAGUGCUGAUGCAUGAUGAGACUGUGGACCGCACCACCAAUGGCUCUGGACCGAUUAACAAAUUGCAACUGGCCCAGCUCAGAAGACUAGACGCCUCUGCCCGCCACAGGCUCAAGGACAAGUUCAGUGGAGAGAAGGUCCCAACUCUCCAUGAGGCAGUGGGGGAAUGCAUCAAACAGCAGCUGACCAUCUUCUUUGCUGUCAAAGGUCAAACCGAUAAGGCUGCAUCAGCGCUUCAUGAGAUGUAUAAGAAGUUCCCUGCCCUGUAUAACUCCAGUGUAGUUUGCUCCUUUGAGCCCAAAGUCAUCUACAAGAUGCGUCAGACUGACCCCAAGGUGGUCACGGCUCUGACCCACCGGCCCUGGAGCCUGAGUCGCUUUAGUGAUGGCACUCCUCGCUCCCUGUCAUCCUGGAGUCAGUUCUGGAGCGGGCUGCUGGACGUCCUGCUGGACUGGGCUCACCACCACCUGCUCUGGAACCUGUGUGGGGUGUCUGCCAUCCUCAUGCAGAAAGAUUUCAUCUCACUGGACUAUGUGCAGUACUGGGCAGAGCGAGGGGUCGAAGUUGUGGGCUGGACCAUCAACACAGUGGUGGAAAAAGAGUACUACCAAAACCUACUGAAGAUCAGCUACAUCACUGACAGCCUGCUGGAAGACUGUGAUCCUCGUUACUAAAUUAUUUGAAGAGUCGAAGUGACUUGUGAAUACACACACACACACCCAAACACACACAAUAGUUCAAGCCAUAUGGAGUUAAUUAAAAGUAAAUGUUCCAAAAUUGCAGAAAAUGCUCCAAAGCUUCCGAGUUAUGAAUUUGAGGAGGGAAAAACAUAGUUUGCAAAUAGACAUCUCGGCCCCUGCCAAUACAAAUACAACAGUCUCAAAACCAGUCAUGCCAACUUAACCCUGAAAUACUCAAACGGUAAAAUAAAACUUUUGCUGAUAACUAGUAGUGCAGUCACAAUCAAAGGACUCCAGCUUUGUAGAAACGCUUGUGAAUUAGUCUAAGACGUAGGAACACAGCAUCAGUGAUGAUAUUUCCCUUUAAACCAGAAGGCACAUUAAACCAUGACGGCUCAAUAAUAUCCUGAUCCUUAAGACCUGCAGCGAUACCUCCUGCUCUCCUGGACCAAGGAUUAGGAUUACACUACCUAAGAUCUUUUCUACCUUCUGUGCUGAUCUUACAGAGGACCUUUUUAAAGACACAUCAGUGAAUGUAUAGAAGUGUAAAAACAGCUCUCAUGUCAUAUGAAUGUGUGCUAUCAUGUAAAGUUAUUCAUCUCAUUUAUACAUCAUGCAAAGUAGACACCGCAGAUCUGCAAAUAUCAAGAAAAUAAGCAGUUUGCAUACCCCAUCUUGCAGGCAGACCAGUUUGAAGAACAGGAUAUAUUAUAAUCAGGGAUGUCACGUGCCCAACUUAAUGGGUAUGGGGACACUCAUCAAGUCACUCAUUUCGCCCACCUGUUUAUUUAUACAUUGACGUCUGUCUGCCUUAAUCUUUAUCAUGGUCUUCAUCAUAAUUCAUCCUAACAAAAUGUAAGAUUUAAGAUAUGUGGCAAUGUGAAGGUAAUACAAAUUAAU